GCAUUAAAAAGACAAAUAUUGAUAUUUAAAUGUUUAUUUCAGUCCCGGACGCCCGCCUUGGUAUUUGAGCAUGUUAACAACACAGACUUCAAGCAACUGUACCAGACUCUGGCAGACUAUGACAUUCGGUUCUACAUGUACGAGAUCCUAAAGGCCCUAGACUACUGCCACAGCAUGGGAAUCAUGCAUAGAGACGUGAAGCCACAUAACGUGAUGAUUGAUCAUGAACACCGCAAGUUGCGCCUUAUCGACUGGGGGCUGGCCGAGUUUUACCACCCAGGACAGGAGUACAACGUCCGAGUGGCCUCCCGCUACUUUAAAGGCCCCGAGCUCCUGGUGGACUAUCAGAUGUAUGAUUACAGUCUGGAUAUGUGGAGCUUGGGUUGUAUGUUGGCUAGCAUGAUCUUCAGGAAGGAGCCCUUCUUCCAUGGCCAUGACAACUACGACCAGUUGGUGAGAAUAGCCAAGGUUCUGGGGACUGAAGACCUGUACGACUACAUCGACAAGUACAACAUUGAGCUGGAACCGCGAUUCAACGACAUUCUGGGGAGGCAUUCUCGUAAGCGAUGGGAGCGUUUUGUCCACAGUGAGAACCAGCACCUGGUCAGCCCAGAGGCUCUGGACUUCCUGGACAAGCUGCUGCGCUAUGACCACCAGGCCCGGCUGACGGCCCGUGAGGCCAUGGACCACCCCUACUUCUUCCCCAUUGUGAAGGAUCAGUCUCGUGGGGCCGCGUCAGCCAACCUGGCCAGUGGGAACUCAGCUGUUAGCUCAUCCAGCAUGAUCACUG